AGUUGGGAGCGCGCUCCUCUCAUGCACCACGCGCUGCGCUUCGCUUGUAACGAGGGACGGGGGGCGUGCACGCGGAGAGCCGGCUCUAGCCGGUCUAUAUCAGCCGAAGCGAAGGAACGACGCUAAAUCAUCGGAAGGGGAAGCAGUCGAAUAAGUGCUUGGGGGGAAAGAGAGAGAGAGAGAAAAAAAAAUCUGAUCUGGCGCGACCCGGGGCCGAGGAGGAAGCGAUCUUGCAACCCGGCGCAUCAGCAGCUGUUCAACGCUUUCCCCAGAGCAGAGCAGCAGCUUUAAAAUAGUUAACCAGCCGCUGACGAUCGGGGUAUAACCCAUGCCUCUGUACAAGCACCAGCACAAUCUCUACACAUUUCCCGGGGUACGAUAAAGCUCCCCUCGCACACAAAAAAAAAAAUCGGGUCAAAACCCUAUAUUAAUUGGCGACGCGCUGCUGGAUCCCGAACACAUUUGAGCGGAGCUGGGGACCUCGGCUGGUGAGUCAGCAGCAACCUUUAAUGGGUUGUUGAGAACAAAUCGUGGAAAUGACAGUGUUCGUGGGAAAGACAGGAGGAUGGACUACAAAUGUUUACACAAAGACUCCAGAUGGGGACUGGGGCUGGAUCAUAGCCGUUGCCUUCUUUUUCACUGAAGCCCUCACAUAUGGCAUAAUUAAAUCAUUUGGUGUUUUCUUUUACGACUUAAUGACUUACUUCGAAGAGUCCAACAGCAGAGUGUCCUGGAUAUUAUCUAUCUCUAUGUUUGUAAUGAUGUUUACAGCGCCACUUUCCACAGUACUAAGUAGUCACUUUGGUUAUCGCCCAGUAGUAAUGCUGGGUGGACUUCUUGUUAGUUUGGGAAUGAUGGCUGCAUCGUUUGCACGGACAAUUGUAGAUAUGUACAUUGCCAUUGGAUUAGUAUCAGGAAUAGGUUUCUGUCUCAGCUUCCUACCCAGUGUCACGGUCCUCUCCCUCUAUUUUGAAAAAUAUCGUUCUCUUGUUAUGGCUGUGGCAUCCACAGGGGAGUGUUUCGCUAUUUUCACUUUUGCACCUGCUUUCACAUUACUGAAGAACCAUCUUGGGUGGAAAAACUGUCUCCUCAUCAUUGGUGCAUUGCAGCUAAACAUCAUUGUUUGUGGAGCACUACUUCGGCCAAUUGUUAUCCGAAGAACAGAAGAAGAACCAGUAGAUGUGGUUAUAGAAACAAAGCACAUGCUGGAGAAUGAAGAAACUCGUAUCUCCGUAGACUCUGUAGAUUCAGGAGUGGAAUCUUUAUCUACCUCAUGUGAUCAUUUAGAUAAUAGCAACAAAUGUAAAACAGAUGAUAUUCGUAAAGAAAAUCUUAAGAUGCUUUCAAGCAAGAAACAAAAACCACAGCAUCAACCAAAGUUGCUUGACUUUUCAAUUCUAAAAAACAAAAGCUUUAUCUUUUAUGCACUUUUUGGACUAUUUGCCACUUUGGGAUUUUUUGCACCUCAACUCUACGUCAUUCCCCUUAGCAUUAGACUGGGUAUCAAUGAAUGGGCAGCAUACAUGCUAUCAGCAAUGGCAAUUAUGGAGGUGUUUGGCAGACUGUCAAUAGGCUGGGUCCUAAACAAACUACCCAUAUGGAAGAUUUACAUAGAACUGAUUUGUGUGAGCCUACUGAGUCUAGUGCUGUUAUGCUUUCCAUUGAUAAAAGGGUUCUGGAGCCUUGUGACAUGCAGCAUGUUAUAUGGAUUUUUAUUUGGUACUGUGGCUUGUUCCCACAUUCCCAUGUUGGCAGAGGAUGAUGUGGUUGGAGUUGAGAAGAUAUCAUCUGCUGUUGGAAUUUACGUCUUUAUACAGAGCUUUUCAGGACUUGCUGGCCCACCAAUUGGAGGUUGGCUUGUGGAUGUAACUGGUCAGAAUUAUGGAUCUGCGUUCUUAUUCUGUGGUAUUGGUAUGAGUGUGGGUGCAUUCUUUCUUGCAUUAGUUCAGCCAUCUAAAAAAUGGUCAUGUCAGAAGCAACCUCUGGAAACUGAUAAGCAAGUGGAAUUAAAACAAAAUAUCAACAUUGUCGAGGAUGUGCCUGAAGACCUCUUACAAACAGACCUGAAGAAAUCAGAAAGUUUACAGGAUCAAUUUCAAAGCCUCGCAUGAAAACAUAGUCAUACACCACCAUAAUGCAUGAUUCCUGGUAAGGGUAUCCCUUAUCUAUCCUGCCAAUUUCCUCAACUUGGUCUUAUUUAAUCUCAGACGCUACUUAUUCUCAAUCCAACAAAUUACUAUUCGUUUCAUAAAGAAUAUCACACAAAGCAAAGUUUAUUUGCCAUUUCGUGGGUAAAGAUUCGUGUUCAGAUAAACCAAACUGCAGGAAAUUACAAAAAGGUAUCCAAAGAAAUACCUGAAAAGGAUUUAGGUUUGCUUGGAUCACAUUGCAAAUGUCUCAUUGAAAUCAUUGUAAACAGACAUUUUGAUCAGAAUUUGAUGAUAUAUGUCUUGCAGUCCCAAUUGGUAUUGUCUUUAUACAAGAUGUUUUAAAUAUAAUGAAGUGCAAAGACAUUUAAUAUACUUAAUACCUGAUACAAGCUAUCAAAUUAUCUUAUUUUAAAAAGUGGUUUUGAGAUUUAAGAAUGUUAAUCAAUUCAACUUACCCAAGUUUAGUGCUUUUUCUUUAUAUGUUACAGGAUGGACCACUUUGUAUAAAUUGAGUAUUUUAUCUUAAUUGAGGGAAAAAAUUACCAUUUCAUAAUAAUUCUGGAAAAUAAUUUAUGACCCGUAAAAUCUUGGUGGUUGUAUUGGAAAGAACACUAGAGGGUUGAAGAUAUAAAGAACUUUUAAUUCGUUGGAAGUGAUGUGGCAUCAGCAGAGCGUCAUUUUAACCAUUAGAAAUCAUAAGAAUCAUCAAGUGUCACAGGGAUUUGAAAUGAGAUGCUGAAAAGUUAGCUCACGGCUGCAGACUCUUCAUUCUCCAUAUAGUUCUCAAAUUUACAGUUAAAGUACUUAGCUCGCUAGAAAAAAAAGCCAUUAAAUCAAAAGUUUAAAUGUGACUAAGAUAUUUGGAGCACACUUCCGAAACUCCUCACACUCCUGUUCUGGAUGCAAGAAAAUCCUUGAUACUUGAAAAACAAACUGUUCCGAAACUUCUGUUAUCUAUCUUUUCUGCUUUACAGUUAUGUUAGGUGGGAUAUUUUUUUAGCUAUAAAAACUGGACAUUGUAUUCAUUCCAUCCUUUUAUCCUUUACACAUAAAAUCCCGAUUUCUUAUUGCUUACAUUAUACACGAAUGCUGCAGAGGCUUUUUCCACAAAGAAGUAGGUGUUUUGUUGGUCAACAGACAUAAAAAGAAACUUGCAAUCAUAAAGCAAGAGCUUGCCAAAUAUCCUACUCUGCAAUAACAAACUAUGGAGCUGAAUGUUCACCUGCAUUCAGCAUCAAACAAUCUAGCAUUAAAUAAUAUGAGAGUCUCAUUUAAAUAGGUGCGCACUUGACUGAAGGGGCUUAAAUGGUCACUGAGGAUUUGGUCUAUUUCAAAUGAUUAACGUAAGGCUCCGGCCUCGGCUUCUCAGCGACCCUCUGAAGACGUCAGAUUGAUCGAAGGAUUACUUUGGACACUGGAGAAAUAUAGGAACCAUGCCAAAAUCUGGUGGCUAAUUUCUCAUUCUGGAGAACAACUUUAAAUUAGUACAUCUCCAUUUUAAAAUUCAAUAUUUAUAACCAAAUCAAAAUUGACUUUCAUCCAAAUGUACUAUUUUUCUUAACAAGUACAUACAAGUAACACAAUGUAAAAACAUAGUACCCACACUUUAGGCAUAUUCUCAGAUGAAUAAAAACUCAAUGAGCAAUUAUGCUGAAUUUCCCGUGACAGGACAACUGAGGCAUAAAAUAUGCAGAAAAACUCACGUUCUUGAUCCGACAAUAUGACCAACACGAAUAACCUGAUUUAUUAUCAACAAUUUCCUCUACGUCUGAUAGGUUUCUGAUAGUUGAGUGUGUUUAUUGUUGGUAGAAGUAACAAAAUUAUGUUAGCUUGGGCCUUAAAAAUACAACACAUGGGAGCGUUAUUGAGAAAUUAUUGCUAUUAUACAUUUAACAAUCAUUCAAACAGAAAAGACAGUUGAUAUGCCAAAAUCCAGUCUAUUCAUGUGGCAUUUUGCAGGCAGUGCUAAUGUCUAUUUGCACAUUGGGUGAAAUAUUAAUGAUCGAGAAGGAAAAUCAGAUAGAAUACAUGUUAUUGGUUUUAUUGAUUGUUUGACACCUCUUGCACUCCACUUUUGAUACAGUCGUUUAUACCCCGAAUGGUCUACUUAAUGUGCUAGGUAUUUCACGAAUUAUCUAUAUAUCAAAGUGUCUGAUGAAAACAUUCAGGUGAAAUUAUGUUGCACGUGGAUGCAUAUGAUUCUUGAUGCAAGUUAUUAGGACUGAACAAAUAUGGGUAAUCAAAACUCUGAAGGAUGCAACUGGGUUAACUAAAGGUGCUGCUGCUGAUCUUUUAAACAUUUUUUAUAGUUUUUAAAUAUUAGCAGAAUCAAAUUCAACAUUUUAUUUAUUCACGUUCCAUUUUGCUCACUAACGUGCUUCCUAACCUUCAAUUUGUUCGGUCCUCGUAAUUUAUAUGUAAUUCGUAUGUUUCAAAUGCUUCAUAUGCUGUAAUUUUCCAAUAAAAUUAAUUUUAAAAGCAAA